AAGCAGAGCUAGACGGUGGACUGUUGCUGCCGCUGUGGGAGUUGUUGCUAUCAAAACUAACAACAUCUUUCCUCUUUUUUGUUUAUAUCGUGAAACCUAUUUUGGACGCAGGUUUUUGCAUCCAAACUCAGCGGGGAAGUAAAUAUUUCUGUUUUUGUUGACUGUUCAACCGCCAGCUAGCGACCGCGGCGAGUCAAGUGGGAACUCUUCACUGCAAUUAACUUGUGUUGGAUUUGUUUCUGAUGCUCCGACUGACAGUUUGCGGCUGUCGGUUUGAGGGUCUACUGGCUUGAAUGUGUUCUCGUUUGUUUGCUCGCCUCUCUGUACUCGGAAUACAUCGGAUCCUACACAAAAUACAAACCCCGGAGUGAUUGAGGUGGCUCCAGUCUUUUUUCAUUUCUCACCUGGUUCUUACUCUCCUCCUCCUCCUCCUCCUCCUCCCCCCUUAGCUGCCUCCAGCUAAUGAGCCGUUUCCCGUGUUUUUCCGGGUGAUUUACGGCCGCGCUGCCGGCGGAGCGGAGCGGAGACAGAGAGGAGCGGGGAUUCGAAUCAAACGGUCGGCGAACUCGGAGGGAACCGUCGGUUUUUGUUUGAAAUUAACGACCGUUGGUCCGAAUAAUAACGGCGGAUGGAUUCGUCUCCGUGACUACGAGCACCCCGAACCCCCACUGUACCCGCAUUUAAUCCCUCGAAGCGGGUUUUUCUUGUUUUUUUUUUUUUUUAAAAAGAAGGAGACGGUUACAUCUUCCCGGAGAUAACAAUGUUUCCCCAGGGGCGACACCCGACGCCCCACCAGGCUCCAGGCCAGCCCUUCAAGUUCACCAUCCCAGAGUCACUGGACCGCAUCAAGGAGGAGUUCCAGUUUCUUCAGGCACAGUACCACAGUCUCAAGCUGGAGUGUGAGAAGCUGGCCAGUGAAAAGACGGAGAUGCAGAGACACUAUGUCAUGUACUACGAGAUGUCUUACGGCCCAAUCAUCGAAAUGCACAACAGUUAUACGGAGAUUGCCAAGAGACUAAACACCAUCUGUGCACAAGUCAUUCCCUUCCUUUCACAGGAGCAUCAGCAGCAGGUGGUCCAAGCAGUGGAGCGAGCAAAACAGGUGACCAUGGCAGAGCUCAAUGCCGUCAUCGGGGUACGUGGACUGCCAGGUCUUCCACCCAGCCAGCAGCACCUGUCCCAUAACCACGGUGGUGCCCCUGUGCCCCUCACCCCUCACCCUGCUGGCCUCCACCCCUCUCAGCUGGGUGGUUCAGCUGGUCUGCUGGCUCUAUCAGGAGCGCUUGGUGCUCUUCCUCCACAUCUGGUGGGAAAAGAUGGUGGUGAUAAAAAGCCCCACAUGUCCGGACCAGACUCUCACCCUGCAGGACCUGAACACCACAGAGAGCGAGAGCCCGGCACAAGUAACUCAUUGCUGCCAGAAAGUCUUAGGAACUCAGAUAAGCGACGUAACGGACCCGAGUUUCCAAAUGACACCAAAAAACGCAAGGUGGAAGACAAGGACUCAAGCCACUAUGAUAGCGACGGGGAGAAAAGUGAUGAUAAUUUAGUGGUGGAUGUCUCGAAUGAGGAUCCAGCCUCCCCUCGAGGCACGCCGCUCCCCUCACCAAGAGAAAAUGGCCUGGAUAAAGCACGUCUUCUCAAGAAAGACCCCUGUAGUCCAGCCUCUACUGCGUCAUCAGCUAGCUCCUCUUCCCUCAAGUCCAAAGAGAUGUCAAUGCGAGACAAGGCAGGUACACCUGGACUUAAGUCAAGCACACCCACACCCAGAGGUGACUCCACCCCAGGUCCGAGCUCCACUCCUGGAAUCAGGCCUAGUCUGUCAAAACCCCCCUCCAUGGAGUUACCACAUCCACCCACUGCAGGUCUGCGGACCCCCCUGGCUGUACCAGGCCCAUACCCGGGUGCAUUUGGCAUGUUGCCCCACGCAGCAGGGAUGAACGGGGAGCUGGCCGGAGCAGCGGGGGCUGCGGCCUAUGCUGCCGGAUUGCACAACAUGUCACCUCAAAUGAGUGCUGCGGCUGCGGCUGCUGUAGCUGCGUAUGGCCGCUCACCAAUGGUUAGUUUUGAUCCUCAUCCUCACAUGCGAGUUCCUGGGAUGCCUCCCAGUCUGACAGGAAUCCCUGGUGGCAAACCUGCUUACUCCUUUCACGUGGCAGCCGACGGACAGAUGCAGCCGGUGCCGUUCCCCCCGGACGCUUUGGUGGGCCCAGGGAUUCCUCGCCACGCCCGUCAGAUCAACACACUGAACCACGGAGAGGUGGUUUGCGCCGUUACCAUCAGCAACCCCACCCGACACGUUUACACUGGAGGGAAGGGUUGUGUCAAGGUCUGGGACAUUAGUCACCCAGGAAACAAGAGUCCGGUUUCACAGCUUGACUGUCUGAACCGAGACAACUACAUCCGCUCCUGUCGUCUCCUCCCUGAUGGUCGGACGCUGAUUGUUGGAGGUGAGGCGAGCACGCUGUCAAUCUGGGAUUUGGCCACGCCUACUCCCAGGAUUAAGGCAGAGUUAACAUCAUCAGCACCAGCAUGUUACGCUCUGGCCAUCAGCCCGGACUCCAAGGUCUGCUUCUCUUGCUGCAGUGAUGGAAACAUCGCAGUCUGGGACUUACACAACCAGACACUCGUUAGGCAGUUCCAGGGCCACACCGAUGGAGCCAGCUGUAUCGACAUCUCCAAUGAUGGCACCAAGCUGUGGACCGGAGGCCUCGAUAACACUGUCCGCUCCUGGGAUCUGAGAGAGGGACGGCAGCUGCAGCAGCAUGACUUUACGUCACAGAUCUUCUCUCUCGGGUACUGUCCAACAGGAGAGUGGCUCGCUGUGGGAAUGGAGAGCAGCAACGUUGAAGUCCUUCAUGUCACCAAACCUGACAAAUACCAGCUUCAUCUACAUGAGAGCUGUGUGCUCUCCCUGCAGUUUGCCUAUUGUGGUAAAUGGUUUGUGAGCACAGGGAAGGAUAACUUACUGAACGCAUGGAGAACACCGUAUGGAGCCAGCAUAUUCCAGUCUAAAGAAUCCUCCUCGGUACUAAGCUGUGACAUAUCUGUGGACGACAAGUACAUCGUCACCGGUUCAGGAGACAAGAAGGCCACGGUUUACGAGGUCAUCUACUAAACAUAUGGAAAGAAAGGGAGGACAUUUUGUUCUUUCCCCCACACCCGAUAUGUUUCUAGAGAUUGUCGCAUGGAGUCAGAAAUCGCAGACAAGAGUGACUUUGAUGGCACCUUCUUUUUUUUUUCUGUCACAUCUGCCGAGGAGACACAGAAAGGAGACAAACAUUUUACAUGCACACAUCUAUUGUGCGUGUAUACGUGACUCCAUAUCAGCUGGGAAUUAACUGGAACAGCUGGAUGUUAAUGGAAGGAGAGGAACUAUUUGGAUGUCCGUGUCUCGACUGCUUUCUGCUAUGUACUGCACGGGGAUCAGUUACAGGGACCAGACAAUGACUGAACCAAAAGGGGCAGGGGGAGAACACUGUACUGAACGUCAGAUUUUAAAACCCACUUUGAUUCAGUGUCGCGACCAGGGGGCAGAGACCCCAGAACGAACACUCAAACCAGAUGAUUGAAUAUGUAUGUGGACGGAAACUGAUAAAAUAAUGCAUAGACGGAGGAGGAGAAAGCGACACACGUUGGUUUUUAUUUUGUUCCAGACAGACAAUGCCCACAGCCUGUUGAUCUCUCAGCUCUGACUCUCUGACCUUAGAACCUCAGCUUGCUGUUCUGAUACGCCUACACUGUCUGAAAAGUACCUUUUCUGUCUUAACAGUAAGUCCUAUCCCCACUAACUGCACUGUAGUGGUAGCUGUCCACCUCCACGCUUAGCACACACACACAAUGACAGUUUUGAACAUAAUGAAGGUUGAUUUGUCUAGCAUCAUGCUGUUGUUGAUUUCUGUGAUGGGUUAGUUUGAUCCUCGUGAAGCGAAGUGCAUUUAAAAGUUAGAAAGAUUUGCUUUCCAAACCAAAUAAGCACCCAGGGCAGGAUAAUACACUCUAAAUGCUGUUACAGAACGUGUUGGUUGUUUUCUUCUUUUUUUUCUCUCUCCAGUAUUUCAAAUGAUUCUGGUUGAAAGACCAAUUGGUGAAGGUGGAAUAAGUUUUCAGAGAUUGAAUUAAUCGUCAAAUUCCAUUGACCAACCUCUUCUACAGUACCUGCAGCCAAUCAUUUCCAUACUUGGCUGUUCUCCACAGUCCACAAGCAACAUAAGGCUUCAUACUGGCAGAGCGAGCCCCACCUUUACUCAGACUAUUACUGAAGUGACAUCAGUAUUGGUAAUCAGUCACAUGGCCUUUUCCAUAUGGUCUUGUUGAAGUCUAGACGUGCCCCCUGCUGAUCAUGUUAAUGCAGUUCAUUUGCUUGUGGUCUCUUUCACAAUAAGUUCAUUGGUUGAGGUCCUAAUGAUUCCAAUUAAUGCUCUUGAAUGAAAAGUUUUUCCCUUAAUUUGAAACAGCCCUUUGGUUUCUGUCUUCACUGUUGUAAAUUCACCCCGGCCCUGCCUUUGUACACUCUCUCACACACGAUGUCUUACUGUAUGAGAUGGUUAAUCACGCUUCGUAAACGGGGACUUUGGAACUAUAUUUAUAAAAAAGAUAAUCUUGACAAAUAAAAUAUUCUUGUGUUAAACAAGAGAAAAGUCCUUUCUACCAUAUUCACUAAACAAACAUCUGAAAAUCAGAAUUGUCUUUUUUUAACAAAAUAAUGGUCAUUUAUAUCUGCUAAUGUUCUUGAAUGUGGGACAAUUGCCUUUGAAAAGUACAACUGUGUCAUGUUGUUUUUUCACCUUACACAAACGAUUUAAGAAUACCAGCUAGAUUAAAUUAUUUGUCAAGAUAGUCUCAGAGAAGGUUGGCGAAGGUGCAGUUGUAUUUCAGCUUCAGGAAGGAAUCAGUCAGUUUCAGCCAUUUUUAAACUCGUUAAUUUCAUGACAUUGUGCUUCGUUUUUUUUAAAUCUAUUUUUGUCUGUUGAAUGUUUGUAAAAAUGUAUAUAUCUGUUUUUUUUUUUUCUUACAGGACAUGCUUUAGAAAUAACAAACUGUUUUUGUACGUCUUUUACAUGGAAAAGAAACGUCUAAUCAGGAGAAAUACUAAAUGGUCUUAAUGCUAGUUUAUCUAAAAUGAUUGAAAUAUCUAGACAAUAAAUGUGUUUUUUUU